AUGGGCCACCAGCAGCUCUACUGGAGCCACCCCAGGAAGUUCGGGCAGGGAUCGCGCUCCUGUCGCGUGUGCUCGAACCGUCACGGGCUGAUCCGCAAGUACGGCCUCAACAUGUGCCGGCAGUGCUUCCGCCAGUAUGCCAAGGACAUCGGCUUCAUUAAGUUGGAUUAA